AUGCAGGCAUGUGCCACGUGGCUUCUGAUGGCCGUGCUCUUUGCCGUUUGUGGGGAGUGCGCUGACUCGGUAGCUCUCAUGUUCUCACGAGAGAUAACUCUGCGCGGCGUGGGAGACGUACGGGUGAACUCGUCUUUUGAUGGUGCGGCCGCCACCUAUAUUGACAGAGCUAUUAAACCGAAUCUGUUCCUGAUCCAUUCCUUCGCAGUUCCUCCAGAUGUAGUUAUUGUUGUUGGGGCCUGGUUGCUGGGGAGCCCGGAGGAGGUUGACACGUCGAUGCAAAAGCUGAACGCCACCUUUAACGGUUGGUCAACCGCGCCUGACGCCAGCCUGGUUGCCAACUUGAACCAGUUGUCAUUGAUGGAGCUGGGAACACAGCCAGCCGGCAUUGAGUUCAAAGACAAUUGCAGUUAUGGUGGGGAGAGCAUUGAUGUGAAAGCUCCGGGCUUUGGCUUUGACAAUCUUACAAUUUUCUUUACUAUGCGCGUGAACCCCAGAGAGAACUUGGUCCAGAGCCUCUGCCAAAUACUUUCAAUACCCGAUUGCUCUCUUAUAGCACUGAACUCUGUUAGCGAGUUGGGCAGCGUGUAUGUUGCGCAAGUGACAGUGACCUCGUCCAACAGAAACCUACUAUUUAUACAACUUAUGAAUCAUCUUCGCUAUGCCUCGGCGCUUUUCUCGGAGCACAUUACCGCCAUGACAGUUGGGGGCGUACAGGUGUACGCCACACCAAAGCUACCAGCUCUCACUUACAAGGGGGACACUGAUACGUGCCUUUCAAGGUAUUGGUAUUUGAUCUUUCUCAUUUUGCUGCUUCCCUUGGCGCUCAUUGCUGGACAACGCUUUAGAUACAUGGGGGCGAAAUCGGGUGUGAAGUCUGUUCGAGCCAUGGAGUGGGACAUUCGUAGUGGCGUCCGCUAUCAAGGCCGAAUGCAGGCGGAGAUGGGUGGUAGAGGUCAGCUCCCGCAGGCCGCCUUUUUUGGAGGUUUUCCUCCAGGGAUGCAUUACGGCGCUUAUGCCCCGCAUGACGCAACGUGGCAGAAUACCCAAUUGCAAAGACAGAUGUCGCAACAAGGACCAAAUGUGCAUUACGACCCCCAUGCUCUCUGGCAAUACACGGGAGAAGACAAUCGGCACCGCUACCCCAGUGUUAGAAGAAGUUAG